UGAGGCGCCAGUUUCAAACGAUAAGCGUACUCUGUGAUGUCGGCGGUAGCUGCGCAAAGUGAUGGGGUUGCAAAGUUGCAACAAGCUCGCACUGCUGCCUUAGCAAAAAUCGAAGAAGCUCGGAACAGGAGAGCGAAACGCCUCAAGGAGGCUAAAGGAGAAGCAAACCUAGAAGUCGAGGUUUUCAAAGCCCAGCAAGAAGCUCACUUCAAUUCUCUCGAGCUUCAGGUAACUACUCAGUACGGCCCUUUUGAGGAAGUAUGUCGUCAGAUGACUGCUAAGCAGCUAGAUUCAAUGCAACGCUCUUUUCUCUCUAACAAAGAAUCAGCUUUGAGUUUACUAUUGUCGAAGGUCCUAGAUGUCAAGCCCGUUGUGCAUGUCAACUACGUUUAUAACAGUCCGUGUUCAUCAUAGCCUCCCAUUCAUCUAGAAGGAAAUGGGAAAAACUAAACAGUUCACAAGCAUAAUAUUAUCGAAGUUGUGAUUAUUACUAUGAUUCUCUGCAUUAUUUCAAUAUAUAAGUACCAAAUAUACUCUUCUUUAGUG